GAGGUGAUUGCAUCAUGGUCUCGCACUGAAAACACUGACUAAAACGCUGCUUUAGCUGAAAAUAAACGAGGAUUGCGUCAGCGGGUCCUGGCAGUAGUUGUACUGAUAAGGUAGACGGCAUAUAGGACAUCGAAUUCAGAUUUGAUCAAGACGGUUCAAAGUCUAGCUAGUGAACGACCCUGUAGUGAAGUGAUAGCUGACGAUACUUACUGGAAUUAUAUUAUACGAGUUCUCAUCAGAACACAGACAGGAACAUAGUGUCACUCAAUCACGUCCAUACAUGGAUUAUUAGACGAGAACAACUGUGGGUUUAUAUAAAAAUAACCGGAUAUACAUGGUAGAUACAUCUGUUGGUAAAUAAUGUAUCGGGUUCUACUAAAACAAGGAUAUCCAGUGUCCGGAGGGCGGUCCGUGUCUGUCGCACGGUCAAUUGCGGAGGUUUGUGGAUGUGGUCAAGCUAGACGCCCAUAUGAACUCGGCUACGUCACAUCCGCCUUGACAAGACAUGGAAUGGCGAUGUCAUUCGGAACAUCGGUUAGACGAGGUCAGAAGCAUCAUAUCCGAAGUGACCUUCCGGAGUCAAAACGUGUGAUUGUCAAACUUGGCAGUGCUGUUAUAACGAGAGAGGAUGAGUGUGGCUUGGCACUUGGACGUUUGGCUUCAAUUGUAGAGCAGGUAUCGGAGUUACAAAAUCGUGGAAAACAAAUGAUGAUGGUCACCAGUGGCGCCAUAGCGUUCGGGAAACAGCAGAUGAGACAGGAACGCAUAAUGUCUAUGAGUGUACGCCAGACAUUGGCUAGUGCCACCAGACAUACCGGUCCUUUGAUAGAGCCACGAGCUUGUGCAGCAGUCGGACAAAGUGGCUUGAUGUCCCUCUAUGAGGCGAUGUUUAUGCAGUAUGGUGUAAAAACUGCACAGGUGCUGAUAACGAAACCUGACCUGUAUCACGAGUCUAGUCGAAUGAAUCUCAUGGAAACUUUGAUGGAGCUUCUAAACCUAAACGUCGUUCCCAUCCUUAACUCAAACGACGCUGUGUCACCACCACCUUUAGCUGACCAAGACCUUUCCGGGGUAGGUUCUCAGGUGAUCAGUCUGAAGGACAACGACAGCUUAGCCGCCCGCCUGGCGGUGGAAAUAGACGCCGACCUGAUGAUAAUUAUGUCUGACGUUGACGGACUAUACAACCGACCGCCUUCCAUGGACGGGUCGUGUCUUCUCCACACAUUCUGUCCGACCAAGCAAGGAGCGGGGGUCGUGUUCGGGGAGAAGUCGAGAGUGGGACUUGGGGGAAUGGAAUCUAAGGUACGAGCAGCCACCUGGGCGUUAGAAAAUGGCGUCUCUGUUGUAAUUUGUAAUGGGACAGACAAUCGAGCGAUAGCUAACAUCAUUGACGGGAAGAAGAUAGGGACGUUCUUCACCAAAGAAGAACCACGAGGGGCUACGGUCGAGGAGCAGGCUCUACAAGCGCGAGAGGGAAGUCGACAGCUUCAAGCGAUUGCACCAAGCCAACGAACUGCUAUUAUUAACAGACUAGCGGACUUGUUGCUGGAGCGGACGCAGGAUGUACUGGCAGCAAACAGGCUAGACGUCAGUUUGGCGGAGGAGAAAGGAAUCGAGGGUCCCCUUGUUGCUCGUCUUGGUCUGACUGAGAGUAAGCUACAGACUCUUGCUACUGGACUACGACAGAUCGCAUCAGCCAGUGAGAACACCAUAGGGCAGGUGUUACGACGAACGCGAUUGGCUGAUGGACUGGAGCUACAACAGGUCACGGCCCCACUCGGAGUGCUCAUGGUUAUCUUUGAAUCUAGACCAGACGUUCUACCCCAGGUUGCCGCCCUGGCUAUAAGCAGUGGUAACGGACUUCUACUUAAAGGAGGAAAAGAGGCCGUCCACAGCAACCAGCUUCUUCAUAGUCUGGUCCAGGAGGCCCUGCAACCAUACGUUCCCAAGGAAACCGUCUCCUUGAUCAGUAGACGCGAGGACAUACACGACCUGAUACAGCUGUCGGACUACAUAGACCUGGUCAUUCCUCGGGGUUCCAAGGAGCUCAUCCGGGACAUUUCGGAUCAUAGCAAAGGAAUCCCCGUCCUAGGUCACAGCGAGGGUGUAUGUCACGUGUACGUGGAUAGAGAAGCAGACAUUGCCACGGCAACCAGGAUAGUGUGUGACAGUAAAUGUGACUACCCGGCCGCAUGUAACACAGUAGAGACCCUCCUCGUCCACAUUAACAUGUUUGGUACCCACGACUUCGACACCCUCGUCGACACCCUCAAACAGAAUUCAGUAAAGAUAUACGCUGGUCCAAGACUGGCCAACAAGAUGAAAUUUGGCCCUCCUCUUGCCAGAUCUAUGCACAUAGAAUAUGGCGACCUUGAACUGACCUUGGAACUUGUUGAUGACGUAGAGGAUGCAAUAUCACAUAUCAAUAAAUAUGGAAGUUCUCAUACUGACACCAUCGUCACAGAAAAUGAACACACAGCCGAAAGGUUCAUCCAAGGUGUUGAUAGCGCCUGUGUGUUUCACAAUGCCAGCACUCGCUUUGCGGACGGAUAUAGAUUUGGAUUGGGUGCUGAGGUUGGCAUAAGUACGACCCGUAUCCAUGCCCGGGGACCUGUAGGCGUGGAAGGACUACUCACGACAAAGUGGCUUCUCCGGGGGUCAGGGCAGACGGUCCAAGAUUUUAACAGUGGGAACUGCCAGUACAUACACGAGAAACUGCCUAUAGACAAUAUCAAAAAUCACACGGACGACAUAGAGGAGGAAGUACAAGCUAGCAGAGCAUGACGUAAACUUAUGUAAAAUAAUUUAAUUAUAACUUACACAUAAUCAUUAAUUUGUCUUUUUUAAUAACUGACUCCAUUUAAAAUGUUCAUGGGGAUUUAGCAGGGGUAAAAUAAAUACACUGUAUAUCAUCUGA